UUUGUCUUCUACAAGACAAUCCAGAUAUUGAAGCUUUACGUAUUCGUAUGAGUCCUUUACUCAACAGCAGUAUCGAAACUAAAUACUUUGACAACUUCGCUGAAGGAGAGUGUAGAAUCCAAUUAUCAAACACUCAAGCUUGUGCUUCAUUACUCGCUGCUGAUGGGUCUCAACUUGUCGACUGCGAUGAAGCAGUAUUCGCAGCUCGUCCCUACAACAAGAAACAUUACUUGGUUGGAUUCCAAGCUAAAUGUCAAGAAGGUCCAGAAUCGCUCACCCUUUACACUGAAGCCCUCAAAUACAAUGACAUUAUUGGAAAGCUGGCUCCUAAAGCUUGCUGGAAACCCUAUUACUAAAUCGAUUCUUAGUCCGUCCUAUGUCUUUCAUUACUAAUUA